AUGAACGCUCAGCUGACCUCGACGGCGCUCCAGGUGUUCGUGCCCUUUAUCCUGGCUGGCUUCGGCUCCACCUUGGCUGGCAUCCUGCUCGACGUAGUCAAGGAGUGGCCGGUGUAUGUGAUAGUGCAUCACAUAUUCGUGGUCAUUCCACCCUUGCUGGGACUCAACGGCAACCUGGAGCAGACCCUGGUGGCGAGGCUUAGCACCCAGGCAAACUUGGGCAACCUGAACCGGGUUCGCGAACAACUACCCAUGAUAUUUGCAAACAUCGCCCUCUUGCAGUGCCAGUCGACAGUGUCGACCUUCCUGACAUGUUCACUCGCCGUCCUGAAAGGUCUGGCGAUUGACGGUCUCUGGGACCCUUCCCACAUCGCCGUCCUCUACGCUGGAGCGCUGGCCGCUGUCAACACCGCCAGUCUCUUUCUCAGUUGCGAACAUUCAUCUACAUACUGCCCUAAGAGAUAUAGCAAGCUGACGUUCUGUACUUUUUCAAUUCCUGUAUUUUUUGUUCACACGGGCUUUGUGAUGUCCACGGUCGUGGUGCUGUCCACCAAAUGCGAAAAAAACCCGGACAACAUCGCGCCGGCCUUCGCGGCUUCGUUCGGGGACCUGACCACGCUUUUCCUUCUCUCCGGCUACUCGUCUAUAAUGCUGUACCAUCCGUAUCUGGCGCCGCUUGUGAUCGCGUUGUGCCUGCUCCUGCUGCCAAUGUGGAUAGUUCUGGCCCGACGCAACACCGUCUCCCGGGAAGUGCUGCGCGUCGGGUGGCUGCCAAUUAUUAUCGCACUCACGGUCUCGAGCUUCGGUGGGUACAUCCUGGAUUAUGCAGUCUUCGCUUAUCCGCCAAUUGCCCUGCACCUGUCUGCAGUAAAUGCGCUGGGCGGCAACCUGGCGGCCGUCUUCAGCUGCAGCUUGUCCAGUUACCUGAACCGGGUGACGCCACUGGGAGACAUACCGUUCGGGGAACACGUCUGCGUGGGGCCCCUACAGAUGUACUACCAGGGUGGGGAGAUGGCCAACGUGGCCUACGUGCUCGUCGGCGUCGUGGUGCCCGGCCAGACGCUGUUCGCCGUGCUCUCUAGGAUUCUGCGCUUCGGCAAGGUCUCCAUGACCAUCACCUUCUUCGCAGCGUACUGUGGUGCAUCGCUAGGGCAGGUGGUCCUCACCGAUGAUGUUAUGUAA